UUACUUUCUUUACAAAAGAGUUCCAUUUCCGGUUCUACCGGCUCCACUGAAAAAGUCAUCCUGGAGACUAUCAUUGAGAAUUUUGUCUUGAAACAAAAUGCCGAAGUAUUAUUGUGACUAUUGUGAUACCUACUUAACACACGAUUCGCCCUCUGUGAGGAAAACCCAUUGCAACGGAAGAAAACAUAAAGAAAAUGUCCGACUUUACUAUCAGAAAUGGCUUGAGGAACAAGUCCAAAAGUUGGUCGAUGAUACCACUGCUGCAUUCAAGGCUGGAAAGAUAGCCUCCAACCCAUUUCAGAGCACUCAACAAACAACAGCUGCUAUGAUUCCACCACCCACUACAUUAGCAGGUGCAACAAAACCACCAACCACAGCACCUCCAGCUGCCCCUGCUGCUGGUCCACCAGUUGGUGCACCUGUACCAGGAAUGUCAUUGAUGGGACCACCUCCAGGUACACAUCUACCUCCUAUGAUGCCUACUAUGACAGUUGGUAUCCGCCCGCCAAUGGGACCUCCAAUCGGACCACCUAUGGCACCAAUGAGUACAAUGGUAUCAGCCAUUCCAAUGCGACCGCCUAUUGUGGCUAGCACCACAGCUACUGUUGUUGGGGGACCUCCUCCUGGUAAAAUAGCAAGGAAGUAACACCAUUUUAGGAUUUGGGCCUGACAAAUAUGUACAUAUGUAUUUCCUGGGUUUUUUCCAUUUCAUUUUGUAUCACUUUUUCUUUCAUUCCAUAACCCUUUCUGUUUCCAUCUCAUGCUCUAUUUUCCUUCAAAGGUUUUCUUUUUCUUUAUCCAUAUUCCCUUCACCCUACCACUUCUCUCUCCGUACUCCUCUCUCCACUAGACUCUGUCUAUCUCUGCCUCCCAUUCUGCUAGCUCUUCUCCCCAUCACUUCUUUUGACCACCUCUCUCUUCUCCUAUUCAUCUUCCUUUUACUAUUUACCCUCAACCACUUUUUCAGAUUCAUCUAUUGUUAUACAUACAUACAUACAUGCAUACGUACGUACAUAUGUAUAGAAUCUGUGGGUAUACUGUAGGAGGCGAUAAGGGAGAGAAUUCAUUUUGUGUUUCAUUUCAGUUUUUUUUUUUUUUUGUUUUAUAAAUAAAAUAAAAAUAUAAAAUGUUACACUGAAUCUUGAGAGGUUAAGGAGGAAUAAAACAUUAAGAGAAUUUUCUUUUGAUAAAUAUGUCUCCAUAAAUUUAACAGUGCAGGAAAUUUUAUGUACUUCCAAAUGAAAUCUCAUAAGAAACUGCUUGCUACUUUCACAAUAAUACGGAAGAAGGAAAUAUUUUUGAUAACACUAACUUGUUCCUUAAAUGUAUUCAGUUGUAUGGAUUUCUAUACCUGAGACUUAUUGUCAUUUUUAAUUUCUCUUAGUAACCAUUUUUUCUGUAUGAGAUGAUUUAUGUGUGCAAAAAAAGGUUAUGUUAUGUAGAUGUUUGCUAUUGAAAGCCCAAAGAAAUGUGCUCUUUGAAUUACUGUUAGUGUAAUAUUUAGAUAAAUUAAGGCAGCGAGCUGGCAGAAAUGUUAGCAUGCCGGUCAAAAUGCUUAGCAGUAUUUCGUCUGUCUUUACAUUCUAAGUUCAAAUUCCGCUGAGGUCGACUUUGCCUUUCAUUCUUUCGGGGGUCGGUAAAUUAAGUACCAGUUGCAUACUGGGAUCUAUCUAAUCGACUUGGCCCCUCCUCCAAAAUUUCAGGCCUUGUGCCUAGAGUAGAAAAGAAUAUUUAAAUAUGGAUGUGAGAUUUAUUUCCCCUUGGUGUGAAAGAUGACAUCUUUUAAGUGGUGUCCAGUUUCCAAUUCGCAUAAACGUGCUCUUUCUAAGGCGUUUUCCAUAACUGCUCUUAACGUUUGUGGCUCCAGUGAUCUAAUCUCUGUUCUAAUGUUAUUUUUAAGAUCUGCAAUUGUUUGAGGCUUGUUGACAUAAACUUUUCCCUUAAGAUAGCCCCAUAGGAAAAAAUUUGGAGCAGUUAGAUCUGGAGAACGACAUGGGUCUUCUCUUGCUAAUUCUUGGAAUCUUGUGACAUUGUAAUCUAGCAGCAUAAUCUAGUUCUUUCAGCUGUUGUACUAAUUGGAUCGUAUGUGGAAAAAGAUCCAUUGUUUUUAAAAUUCGUUGGAGUGAUGUCCUGCAGACUCCAACUUGUCGAGAGCGUGUUUGUGUUGAUGUUGUCAGGUCUUUUUCAAUAUUCUCCCUCACACGCCUGACUUUGGCCUCGUUUCUAACAGAACAAGGUUUGCUUAUCUUUGGAAGGUUGCUUACUGAUCUUUGAUCUUCAAAAUGACCAAUUAAUUGCCUGAUCAUUGAUUCUCUUGGACAAUUCAUUGCUCUAUAAUGACGACAAUAUUCUUGUUGAGUCCGAAUUAUUGAUCCUUGGUUUUGGUAAUAAAAUUUCACAAUUUGUGUUCGCUGUUCAGUAGUGUACUUUUCCAUGUUUAAAUUUAAGGGUCUUCUUUAUAUAAAUCUGAAAUAAAAUAAAAAUUAGAUAAUUAUUAAAUAUUGAAACCCAUUCGUAACUUCUGGGCCACCUUGUAGUUCUAUAUUAGUUGCAUUGUUUUAUAUGUGCAUGGAGCCUGUGAAUCAUGCACCUGGUGCAAGCAAGUGUGUUUCUGUUUUGAGCUGGUAGUAUAACCUGGACACACAUUAAAUUCAUUGCCUCUAACUCUGGAUUAGACCUCCAGAAGUUCUGUUUUUAAGGCCCAUACUGUCUGGUUUACUAAUUACAUCUUCUGAAAUUAAACAUUUUGGUCUCCAAAAUUCUAAUUGUGUAUUUAGUUAUAGGUUGGAUUUGAACUAGGAACUUUAAUUUUAAAUCAUACAUGCCACAAUUGUCCAGUGGAUAAAACAUUAUUUGCUUUAAAAAAAAGAAGGUUCUUAGUUCAUAUCUUGUCUGAUUGACUGUGUACAUAUUCAGGUGAAAUACAACAUGCUGUAUUUUAACAUGUAUAAGGAACCCUCUUAUUUUUUGGGCUUAAUAUUUGGAAAAAAGAUUUUGUAAGAGACUAUAAUACUAUCCAUGUAUAAGAAACUCCCAUAUUUUUUUAACCUGAUUUUUGACAAAAAAGGGGGGGGGUCUUUAUACACAUUAAAAUACGGUAAACAAUUAUUUUAAAAUGUUUCAUCUCUAACGAUUAGGUUAAUAAAGGGCAUGAAGAACUCAUUUCAAACACUGAGACAUUGAGUUUCAUUUAUUUCUGGUGUAAUAACCAACAAAACUGAUUACUGAUAUCAAACAGCAAGGUUCAAAAUCUAAUUCAUGAAUUUAGUGCUUUGAUACAUUUAAACCAGUCAUUGGGGAAACUGUAGCCCAUAGGACUUUCUGAAUGGUGCUCCUAGUGAAAACCUACCUUUAAUUUGUUUUAAUAGUGCAGCCUACUUAAUGAUGUGCCAUGUCUUGUGUGGCCAGCUUCUUGGAAAAGGUUGCUCAUGCUUGAUGUAAACCAUUCUUGAUCAGUACAACCACACUUGGUUCAAUUCUUCAUAUAACUAUUAUUUCAGAAUUUAGUCUUUGGUUACAUACAGAAUCACAUUAUAAAAUGAUAUCCAUUUCUAGAACGGUAGAGUGUAAUUUCAGACAGAUCUGUUGCAGUUUUUGCACUGGACCUUGUAGAAAGCACUGUUGUUGGCUCAAUAUUGGGACCAGUCAAGCAGUGGGGAUCUAUGGAAUCACCCAAAUCCCUUCCUUUCUGAAUUGCCAGUCUUGCGCCUAAAUCACAAACCAUAUUGGCUCAAUGAAUAUUACUUUAUUGCAUUUUGAAAAUUACCAAACAAAUCAUCUUGACUCUUGACAGUUAGAUUACUUCGUCAAAUAUAAUGCUCGUCUAUUCAUAUUGUUUUGAAUUAAUCCUUCAUCAUUUCAUAAUUGUGACAUUUUGAUGAUGUGGUUGCUUAUUUUUUUUUUUAAUGACAUUAUAGGGUAGGUAUGAGAGGCCAGACUUAGUUUUAACAUAAAAUAGAAUAUUUCAACUGGAUAUGGCUGGUUUGAAUGCAGAAGGGUCAGCGAUAAAAUUUAUAAUUCUUUGUAGUUUAUUUUGCUUUUGAACAAAAUGCCAUUGUUACAAUUUGUCUCAGUUUAUUCCAUAAAUAACAUUCUUGUUUCUCUUUAUAAAUAUUGUUUCACUGUUAUUCAUUAUCUGAUGUCUCCUAAAUUGCAUUCUUUCUGUCUGGAAUUCUUUCAUUAAAAAAAAAAAUUAUGCCAAAUGUAUCUGUUUAUGUUUUUUUCUUUUGUUUUUGUUUUUCAAUGGUUUUUAAAAAUUUUUAUUUAUUUUUUUGGUUUUGCUGUCUUAGAGAAACUUAAUCUCUUUUGUUUGUUUGGUUUUGUCUCUGGCAAUUAUCAAGCAACAUGAAGUUUCAUGUGUCUGUUGAAUGUCUCUGUGUGUAUAUCAUCUUAGCUGUGUUUUCAUAUAGUAGUGAAUACAUUUUAUCUGUGUGUGUGAUAUAUAUAUAUAUAUAUAUAUAUAUAUAUAUUAUAUGUAUGUAUGUAUAUAUAUUGUCUGAGAUUCUGUCCAUCAGAAAAUAUAUGCAUAUUAAUCAAAGUAUACAGUAUUAUAGAUCCAUUUCAACUGAUCUUACUAAUCGUUUUUGCAGUGGGUAUUAGAUUUCAGGAUGGUCAAGUAACACCUAAUAACCAGUCAUCUUAUCCCAAGUAUAAAACCGAUUGAUAGCAUCAGCAGGAAUAGAUGUGAUACUGUAUACUUUGAAUAAAUAAUAUAUAUAUAUAUAUAUAUAUAUAUAUAUAUAUAUUACAUACACACACACAUACACACAUUUGUAGUUGAUGAGUUACUGUGUUGCCACUAGUUUCUUACCAUAUGCCAUUCUUCGGGCAAUGUCUUGUAUGAAACUCAUGUGGCUACAAGAUGAACCAUUUGCUGCAAAGGCAAAAGUAAAUUCUUUUACAUAUAUUGAAUCUUCUUCCAUUUAUCAUCUAACCACAUAUACAUAUUGAGAAAAAACUGAAGCUUUUUUCAUAAGAAACUGCCCUUCCCCUCAAGCAUUUACAUAAAAUCACAUUGUUUUUUCCUGAAUGAUCUCAGGGGAAAAAUAGACUUCUUCUUGGCCUUCUAAUGAAGAUUGUCAUCUGAUUGGUUGGUACCUAACCCUCAUUUUAGGCCUUCGAUGUUUAAUCUUUUUAAAAUGACCAAAUUUAUCUACAAACUUUUGAAAUAAACUUGUUUGAAAUAA